GCGAACAACGCCGAGGUGUCGUCUUCCGCGAGCCCUUUCUUCCCACGAGCCGCAUCACGGUGGAAGAUGCGCACUUCGAUGAUGAGACGCGGCUGAGCAACAAUUGCUUCGUGCAGUUCCAGAAGGGCAACCCUCGGCGCCGCCGGCCAGUGCGGCGUGUGCGACGUGGAGAGGUGGCUGGUCUAGAUCUGAAGACCGGCAAGGCUUGCUCGAUAUGCUUUUCCGACGAUGGCUUUCUGAUCGGCUGUGGUGCAGAACACUUGGUUUGCAACAGUUGCCGCUGGCGCGCUCUGCGCGCCGUGGUCGGCGAUGUGACCCAGACCGAGAAGCUGGUCUGCGGUUGCCUGACGUUGGAUGACACCACAGCAUUUUCCGGUCUGGCCGAAGCAGCGGACAAGUCCAUGCAGGCUUUGGUGGCAGCUCCCCCGAAAGAUCCGGCCGAGCUGCAGGAGUUUGAGAUGGAGUUGGCCCAGGUGCGGCGGCAGUUCCAAGUGCGCGAGGUUCCCGUCGAUAUCUUCCGGAGAAAGGUCGCAGACUGGCAGGAGAUGGCAAGGCGCAGGAUGUCUGAGCACCUCUACUACGCAUGCUCUUUCCCUGGCUGUGGUAUGGCCAACUGGAUCCUGAGGACGGACUUCGAACGCGAGUACAGAUCCAGAGGUCUUUGCAACUGGGUCUGCCCGAAAGGCCACAGGAACUGUGUACUUCCAAGCCAGGAAGACAUCAACGAGGUGAACAGGAAUCUCCUUGCGCAUCCGGAGUACUACACUGACCGGUGUGGCCACGAUGCCCUUGCGCUCCGACGUUUCCGACUAUGCCCGGAAUGCGUCCAAGAAGGGUUGCUCACCUUCGCAGUUCACGAGGACGGCUGCAAACAAUGGCCAGGUACUACGGCGGCACACAGGCAUUGCUUCUGCUGGCAUUGCACUCGCAAGUGGAAUGUGGAGUGCUCGCAUGCAACUGUCUGCCAAGAUCCUGGCAUCCAGCAGGUCCGGCGCACCACCGACGGUGAGGGUUCCGAGAAGUUGGAGAUAGGCUUUGUGAACGCGCAGGCCUACAUCCAGUGGAUCGGAACUGGCCUGGACUGCCCCGACACGCUCUUUGCCGGCGGAGCGGGGCGAAUCCGUGGGGCGACGAGACAAGGCUUACUGGCGAUGGAGGACCGAGAGGAGCUGCGAAAGUGGAUGAUGGAGGGGACAACCUGA